AUAUUUAUCGUUUAAAGUGAAAUGGCUUCCUGUUGGUUUACCUUAAGAUAUUUUCUCCCUUCCUGUUGGACCCUGAUGGCGUAGUUCAGAUAAAUUAUUUCUCCUUGGACUCUCAGAACCUCCACCUGCCUUCAAAUGGAGAGCAUUUCGAUGAUUAUAAAUCUUCUCACUCUUUUAAUCCUAGUUGGAUCGAGGCCGGUUCGGAGGAUAACUCUACUCAAGAAACACUACAAUUUCUGCUCCGAUUCCAGCAGCGAUAGGUCAGAUUUUCGAAAAUUCAACGAUUUUGGGGGCAAAAUAUGGGUUUUCUCAAAUACGAGGAAAAGCAGAUCAUUUCUAAAGGAAUUGAAGAAGCAAUUCAGGAAAAGGAGAUAAAUACGGAGAAUAUGGAGAAAUUUUAUGCAGACUCUGAUGAAAUGGAAGUGCGUUCCGCGAAUUUUAAUUGUUCUCAAGAUUAUUCUGAAGCGUGCACUGAAAAAAGCACUGUUUUAUGCGAAGACAAGUGUGAAGAUAAGGCAUUUGGGAAUGUGAUGGACUGUAUUGAUGGAGAUGGAAAUAACACAAGUAGUGAGAUUGCUAAGAGGGGUGUGGUGUGGUGGAAGAUGCCAGUAGAUUUUUUGAAAUACUGCGUCUUUAGAGUGAGUCCAGUGUGGACUGUCUUUAUGGCAGCUGCGGUAAUAGGGUUUGUGAUUUUGGGUCGUAGAUUGUAUAAGAUGAAGAAGAAGACUAAGGGAUUGGAGAUUAAGGUUACUGUCGACGAUAAGUUAUCUCAGUUCAUGAGCCAUGCUGCUUGUCUGAAUGAAGCAUUUUCUGUUGUGAAGCGGGUCCCAGUGAUCCGCCUUCACUGUCUGCAAUUGGGGUACAAAGAUGGCCUAUGAUGAGUUUGAGAUAAGUGAAAUAUCUGUAACGUAUAUAGCAUGAAACAGGACGUUAUUGUCAUGUUCGGCAUGAUGUUUUCAUAUAUUUCUUGGAUAAUCUGGGUUCAUUAAGUUCCAUCCACCUCAUCGAAAAUUCUAUGUAAAACUCUUUAUGCUAUAUAGGACUGGUUCAAUUCUCCAUGCCUAUUAUGCAUGUUCCUAGUCUUUUGAAUUUUUGGCAUGAGGGGUUUUUUAGCAAUCAUACUAACAGUCCGUUGACUCUUUUUUAGUUACUUUGAUGAAGAAUUAGAAGUUGUAGUCCUUUUAACUUGGAAAAUAUCACCAUUGGCCAUUGACCACGCUUUCUCUUUACACCUCUUAAGGAGCGGUUUAUACAAUUUUAACUCAACUUACUCGAAAAUUAGGUAGCUGAUCCCAAUUUUGAAAAAGAAGGAAAGUUUUCUAAAUUAAAAAAAAAUAAUAAAAAAAUUCCUCGUGUUCAUGCUGGCUCUGCCCAUUGCCAUCCAUAAUGGAAUCCAAAAGAGAUACAUUGAAGUUAAAACCAAAAAAUAAGAACGAAGGUUAAUAUUUUCUUUGAUCUCGUCCUUUACCCCUUCUCGUUUAUAUGGUUAGUUCUUGGGUGGAUGUAUACUUCUUUGACCUCAGUAUACAAUGUAAGUUUUCUUUUGCUUUGAAUUUGCUGUAUAAUUGUGAAUUCAAUGCCUGAUCUUGCUUUAUGAGGACGAGCUUUCUGUUCAUA